CGACGUCGACGUCGACUGCGAUGCCGACGACAACGAUGACGUCGUCUGAGGCAGCGAUGACGGCGACGACGACGAUGACGACGUCGUCUGAAGCGGCGAGGACGACGAUGACGUCAACUGCGGUGGCGAUGACGACGACAACAACGUCGAGUGCAGCGGCGGUGACGACGACGAUGUCAUCUGCAGCGGCAGCGACGACGUCGACAGCGACGGCGAUGGCAGCCGAUAAAGCGACGAUGUCGACGGCAGCAGCGGUGCCAUCGGCCACGAAUUUAAUAACUAUAAAUACUGCUGAUUUGCAAACUAUAAUUUACGCCGCUAUUGCGGGCAUGCGUACAAGAGGGAGAGGAAGAGGACGUGGAAGAGGACGAGGAAGAGGAAGAGCAGGAAGGGGUAGAGGCAGGGUAGAGGCGGUGAUCGCGGGACAAUAAGAGGAGAGGGGAGGGGCAUACAAGUCCACAAUUAUUUAUUAUAAUUAAAAUUAUUAUAAUAAUUACAAAAUAUUUUAAUAAAAAUAAAUAAUUAUUUUUAAAAAGGUA